GCAGUAGCUUACAUGGCAAGUUACAAAAUAGAACACAAAACCAGUGAAAACACAAAAUAGAUUCGAUAUUGAACCAUUUCAUGCAGUUUUUGGAUUUUAAAAUUUUCCAUAGCACUUGUUGUAAAGAUUUUGGAAAGAAAAUGAGAGUCGCCCCGACACUGAAAUACUGUUGCUGCGGGAUCAGUUUGAAAUUAGGAACACUCUUGAUUGGAAUUAUUGCUCUGUUGGGUUCAAUUGGCUCCUUUGCGAGUGCUUUUGACUUUUACCUUGAUGUCCAAGAAGCCAUCGAAAAUCCAGAGAUUGAAGAUCCACAUUUUGUCAAAAUAAGGGAACACUUGCUUGCGGUUCAGGUGUACAUGUACGCAAGCUUUGUUCUCACAUUUUUGGGAACUAUAUUGGCUGUUCUACUAAUGACAGGCUACUUCAUUAGAAACAAAACUUUGCUGAAGUCUUGGGUAGUUGGAAUCAUAAUCAUGCAAGUGAUUGACGUUGGUUCAAACAUUGCUAUGUGCGUGUUGUACAGUCAUUGUCUCUUCAUGCUCUUCAAUAUAACAGCUAUUGUCAACUUAUACUUUGCAUGCGUCGUCAACAGUUAUGCUGAGGAAAUAAACAAAGGUUCUUUGUCUAGUAUUGCAUAAAACUUGGCUUUAUAAAGAUUGUGAUAUGUAUCUAAAGUGUGAAUAAGCAAUAAA